UAGAACUUAAAAUAUAAUUUAAAAAAAAAAAGAAGGGUUAGCCUUGCAGGACUCUGAUAGGGCUUUUUGGAAACACAGCAUUUAUUGUGAAACUACACAGAGAAGAAUGAAAAAAGGCUGUGAGGAGUACUAUGUCCUAUUACACAGAAGAUUAAAUAAAGGAAAUCUCACCAAAUUCAUGGGAAAAAGUUAGAUAUAUAAUAAAAAUAUACAUAAUGGUCUUGACUCAGAAAACAAAAUAGGAAUAAAAAAGUACUAGAGAGAACUUGCAGAGGAAUGCAUAUCAGAAUAUUGUAGAAAAAAUACUCUGUGGAAGAACAAUCUGAGAAAACCUAUACAAUGCAAUUGUGGCUUUGAUGGUGGUAUCUGAUUAACUUAUUUGAAUGUAGAUUUGUGGCCACUUAAUUAUCAGUGGUAGGAGUUUGAUACAAUACCCAAAAGAAAUGAAGCAGAGAGUGCAUUUUAGAGAAUAUUUCAGAGAAAGGGAAGAACAUGAAGGAUGUUUUAGUGACAUGAGAUCGCAUGGCUCCCUCACAGAACUAUGUAUUCAGUUUUCUCAGGUCUAGAAAUUUCCUGGUGGUUUCUGUGUCCAUUUUGCUUUAAUAACCUCUAAUAAUAGUUUAAAAUACAAGAUUUUAGCCUUCCAGUGCUGUACAGCACUAAGCCUUGUCUGAACUGAGUGAGAUCCACAGAAGCUUGAACAAUAGCUCUAGCCUGAGCAGGCCAUGGGGCAGCUUUCUGUCAUCUAUGUGUGCCCAGGAGUGUGCUGUUUUCUCAUAUCUCACAGAGAGCAGAAACCAUCUCUAUGACACCAACAAUUUAGCUAAAUAUGAAAAUAUCUGUACACACAUCACAAGAGAUGGAAAUAGGGCAUAAAUAGAUCCAGAGAUAUUGACCAUCUUCACUGUUGGCUGUAGCAUCCCUGCUCUCACACACAUAAACAGAAAUAAGUAUCACAGUGGAAAGCGGGUAAUAGUCUUACCUGAAAGAUUGAAACUCUAAUGAUAUCUAAAGUUCAAUUAUGACACAGUGCUGAUGGCUUGGACAGAGUUCCUUGAAAACCAUCGUUCAAGUCACAGUUGUACCUUUUAAAAAUAAGACAAUAACAACAUAUCCGACCCAACCCAUCCCUCUGGGCUAGAGUCCCAGAGAGAAAUAAGGGAUACACCUGACCUGCAGUGAGCAAAGCAGAACCUAGUCUCUGAGGUGGUGAGGCACCACCAGUGUGGAGCUGAAAGCUGUCAUUGUUUUGCUUCUCUUUAUAAAGGGAGCUGCCUCGUUCCUCCCAGCACAGUGUUGGGAGCAACUCUAGAGCCUCCUGCAAGAUGCUGUUGAUUCUGCUGUCAGUGGCCCUGCUGGCCCUGAGCUCAGCUCAGAACUUACAUGAAGAUGUCGGCCAGGAAGAAUCUCCCUCCCUGAUAUCAGAACAUCAACAAGGACAACCCCAACAAGGAGGCAAGAAGCCCCAAGGUCCCCAGUCUCCUCCAGGAAAUGCACAAGGACCACCCCAACAAGGAGGCAACAAACCUCAAGGUCCCCCACCUCCAGGAAAGCCACAAGGACCACCCCAACAAGGAGGCAAGAAACCUCAAGGUCCCCCACCUCCAGGAAAGCCACAAGGACCACCCCAACAAGGAGGCAACAAACCUCAAAGUCCCCCACCUCCAGGAAAGCCACAAGGACCACCCCAACAAGGAGGCAAUGCCCAGCAGGCUCAGCCACCUCCUGCUGGAAAGCCCCAGGGACCACCACCCCCUCCUCAAGGGGGCAGACCUGCCGGACCUCCCCAGGGACAGUCUCCCCAGUAAUCUAGGAUUCAAUGACAGGUAUGAUUCCAGUUGAUUCUUCACCAAUUGCUCUAAUUGCUACAGGUCUCCAGCUUUCCUGUGCCAAAGAAUCAACUAAAAGCCCAUUGACAUCAUUUUGCCAUAGGCCCCAUUUCUAAAGAUUUGUGUUCAGAUAUUCUGGAAAUGGGUAACAAGGCCCUAUAUUUGUUACAAGCUCUUUAAGGAAUUCUGAUGUAGAGAAGCAAUAUUCCUAACAAUCUGUUUUAGAUUGUAUUGGCAAAGAGGAAAUAGUACCAUGUUCGCUCUGGCACUCUGUUUUCUGUCCACAAACUCAGAGACCUCCCAUUUAAAGUUUUCACCUGAGCACUGUUUGCUCAGUCCUGCCUCACUCCAGCCUCUCUAGUCCAGUAUUCCUGCCAAGUGGUCCCUGAAGUUUCAGCAGCUAAAUGGUGUCUCAUUUUUAAAAUUCUUACUUUUUAAUAAGUAUGUGAUUAAGCUUGCAACAAAUAUCUAAUGGAAUGGAAAAAUAUGAAGCUAAAUUUAAAGACAAAACUCAUCCUACCUGCCUUCUCUCCUUCAGAAAACUACCACUGUUAACUUUAUGACAUUAUCUAUUUGAAAUAUUUAUGUUUACAUUGAGAAUUAGAAUAUUUUUCCCCCAGAACUAAUACCAUAAUUUUUAUGCAGGUACAUAUGUUAGUCAUUCAAAAAAUACAUUUCUUUCAAUAUUUCCACAUGACUUUACAAAGCUAAGUAGAUCUCUUCAGUGGUUAUCUGUUUGUUUUUACAAUUUUAUGCCACUCCAUUAUGUGUCUGCACUGUGAUUUCUUUAACCAAUCCCUGUCAUUGGACACUGAGAGUCGUUUCAGCUUCUCACUGUCGUAGAAUGUGCUCCAGUUACCAUCCCUGUAAAUAUAUCCCUGAACAAACUCUGUAGCAAGUAAUAACAAGCUAUGAACGAUAUUAUCUCUUCAUCAUGUAAGGAAUGAUUUGGAGCACAUUUUGUGCAAGGGAGGGGCAUCAAAAGAGGGAGCACACAAAAACUUAGGAAGGAAACACAGGAGGUAGAAGGGAUGGGGAGAGAGGGGAUGGGCUCUCAUGUACUCUACUGCAGUAACUCCAGGGAGGAAUUAGACAUUUCCUGCCAUGUCAAGUCUGGUCUAUGAACUUCCUUGUCUGUUUGUUUCAGGAAGUGAAAAAGAAGAUGACAGUGAUUCAAAUGAUUCAAAUGCUAUGACAUUGGAAGAAGGCGGUCAUAGCUCUAACUUCAACAUACCAAUAAAAUCAUCAGCUUGCAGUUUCUGAUUGUGGUGUCUGUUUCUCAAUGUUUGUGAAUGUGGGAUAUGAGGACCAAGAAGACAUUGUAAGAACAUCUAGGAACCCUUCUCCUUGAUGCUCCAGGAAGCUUCCCUCCUUUUGAAUCCUAAUUUAGCCAGCUGCCAUGAAAAAAGAUUUUACUGUUUCUCUACUUCCCUGUUUUCUAUUAUUUCCCACCCCCACGAGAUGCAGUUUUUUUCACCCAGGCUGGAGUGCAGUGGCACAAUCUUGGCCCAGUGCCCCUUGCAUCUCCUGGCUUCAAGCUAUUCUACUGCCUGAGCCUUCCAAGUAUGUGAGGUUAUAGGUUCCCAGCAUCAUGCAUGGCUCAUUUUUGUAUUUUUAGUAGAAAUGAGGUUGCACCAUGUUAGCCAGGCUG